UCCUGUCCUGAGUGCGGGAAAUGUUUUUCAUGGAAGUCCGAUCUUUACAUACAUCAGAGAUCUCACACGGGGGAAAAGCCGUAUUCCUGUCCUGAGUGCGGGAAAUGUUUUUCACGGAAGUCCAAUCUUUACACACAUCAGAGAUCUCACACGGGGGAAAAGCCGUAUCCUGUCCUGAGUGCGGGAAAUGUUUUUUCACGGAAGUCCCAUCUUUACACACACCAGAGAUCUCACACAGGGGAGAAGCCAUAUUCCUGUCCUGAGUGCGGGAAAUGUUUUUCACAGAAGUCCAUCUUUACACACAUCAGAGAUCUCACACGGGGGAGAAGCUCUAUUCUUGUCCUGAGUGUGGGAAAUGUUUUUCACAGAAGUCCGAUCUUUUACACACAUCAGAGAUCUCUCACACGGGGGGAAAAGCCGUAUUCCUGUCCUGAGUGCGGGAAAUGUUUUUCACGAAGUCCAAUCUUUACACACAUCAGAGAUCUCACACGGGGGAGAAGCCGUAUUCCUGUCCUGAGUGCGGGAAAUGUUUUUUUUACACACAUCAGAGAUCUCACAGAAAGAUCUCACACACGGGGGAGAAACCGUAUUCCUGUCCUGAGUGCCGGAAAUGUUUUUCACAGAAGUCCCAUCUUUACACCCACCAGAGAUCUCACACAGGGAGAAGCCAUAUUCCUGUCUGAGUGCGGGAAAUGUUUUUCAGACAAGUCCAAUCUUAUUGCACAUCAGAGAUGCCACACGGGGAGAAGCCGUAUUUCUAUCCUGAGUGUGUGA